UGGAGCAAAAGAAGACCGAGAAAGGUCGAACCGAAUCGAAUCUAUAUCGGGCGGAGUAGAAGCGAUCGCAAUCGAUGGCGGAAGGCGGCGAAGAUCCCCAGCGACUGAAGAAGAUUGCGGCGGCAGCGUACGACUACGAUAACGACUCUCGAUGGACUGAUUACUGGUCAAACAUCCUGAUCCCUCCUCACAUGGCUUCUCACGCCGAGGUCGUCGAGCACUACAAGCGCAAAUUCUACCAACGCUACAUGGAUCCUGAUCUUGUUGUGGAGCCUAUGUCGUCGACUUCUUCUUCGCAAUCUGCAAGACCAUCUGCAUCUACUACUAAUGCAAAUGAACAACAAGCUCGUUCUCGGAGCUCAGGAUCGGUUCCUCGAACCGCUGGGCCGUCUGCUACGACAGGUGCAGCAAACCCAAGUUCAGUGCGUUGGGAUCAGCAGACUAUUCAGUUCUCUGUCAAUGCUUGGGUUUUCGUUAUUGCUGUGCUGGCAGUGUUACCUCUAGUACCAAAGAACCUCUCUAAUAGGGCUUAUCGUCUAUCUUUCAUGGGAACUGCGUGCUCAUCUCUAUAUUCCUUGUACGCUCUUUACGGGAGGCCAAGGGCAUGGAAUAUGCAAGGAAUGCAAGUUUAUUUUCAAUCAAUUGUGGGGGCAAAGGAUUUCAUCUAUUUCAUCUACUGCCUUACAUUUGUCACUUCAAAUCUCUGUCUCAAGUUUGCUUUGAUUCCCAUCUUGUGUCGAGCACUUGAACAAGUAGCCAAGUUCUUGAGGCGUAACUUCACUCGCUCCACCAUAUACAGAAAGUACUUGGAAGACCCUUGUGUGUGGGUUGAAUCAAACACAACUACCCUCAACAUCCUCUCAUCGCAAGCUGAGAUAGCCAUUGGCUUCCUUCUGAUCAUCUCUCUGCUCUCAUGGCAACGCAACUUUAUACAGACAUUCAUGUACUGGCAGCUACUGAAGCUGAUGUAUCAAGCACCAGUAACAGCAGGAUACCACCAGAGCAAUUGGAGCAAAAUCGGAAGGACGGUGAAUCCGAUGAUCCAACGUUACGCUCCCUUCUUGAAUACUCCAGUGACUGCCGUUCAGAGAUGGUGGUUCAGGUGAAAAAACAAACAAGUUGCAGAGUUGACUUUUGAAAUCCUUUAAAAGAAACUACGAUUUUAGCUUUCAACACACAACAGUCCUCGUCUUAUCUGUUCCAGCUUUCAGCGUAAAGUAGAUUCUUGUAUGUUUAUUGGUUAUAAAAAUAUUACUGUUGCUACUAGAGAUUUUGACUUUCUUUUGGUUACCAAUUCACGAGUAGACAUGUGACCAUUUCCCU